CCUGUCUGUGCUUUCUUGGUGGGAAUGGCUGUGAUUUUAGGCUUUAUUCACGGAGGGAUCCAGGUUUUUUUCCUGGUCCAGUUGCCAUUCUGUGGCCCCAAUGUCAUUGACCAUUUUAUGUGUGAUUUAAUACCUCUCCUGGAGCUAGCCUGUACAGACACUCACACUUUGGGGCCCCUGAUUGCUGCCAACAGCGGAUCACUAUGUCUGCUCAUUUUUUCUAUGCUGCUUGCCUCCUACAUUGUUAUUCUGCACUCUCUGAGGAUCCAAAGCUCUGAAGGGCGUCGCAAAGCCCUGUCUACCUGUGCUUCUCAUGUCACUGUUGUCAUCUUAUUCUUUGUACCUUGUUCAUUCCUGUACCUGAGACCCCUGACCUCCUUUCCUGCUGACAAAGCUGUGACUGUGUUUUGUACCCUAGUAACUCCCAUGUUGAACCCUUUAAUCUAUACCCUCAGAAAUGCAGAAGUGAAAAAUGUCAUGAAGAAAUUCUGGGGGAAAUUAAUGAAAACUGGUGAUAAAUGA